AUGCAAUCAGGUGAUCGCCACUGCGUUGGCUGUCAUCUUGCCAAACAAUAUGGCACCAAGGAAGCCCUCGAGAAAGCCCUUAUCAAAAGGGACAAGGCAAUCCCACAAGACAUCUUAUCAGGCAGCUCCUCAGAGGAAGAAGAAGAAGAAGAAGAAGAAGAAGAUAUAGAUAGUGAUGAUGAUGAUGGAGACGACUCUUUUGUUGUUCAAGACUGCGAUGAUGAAGAAGAGGAGGAGGAACUUGGCUCAGAUAUGUCAACAGACUCAAAGGAUGAAGAGGAUGAGGAGAAGGCGGUCGUGGACGAGGAGGAGCAUAUCAAAGCAGACAAUCGUCCAGUGUUGGACGACGAUGCAUUCUUCUUUGAGUGUGGCAUCACAAAGGACACAGCCAAGCAUCUGUUGUCAAUACUUCCAGCAGAGUUCAAACCAAUUAACAUUGUAUGGACAUUCACCUAUCUCAAGAAGUACACACCCAUCACAGAAAUCUCCAGAGACUAUGGCGUCUCUCACAUAACAGUCAGCCAUAAUGUGCACCAAGUUCUCAAUCAACUUGGAGCAAACAUCCAACAACUGACCAAUGAUACCAAGUCUGUUCUUCAGCAUUCUAGAAGGGAACAACUCCAUGAGCUGAAGGUGUCUGCUCGAAUGAUCGUCCACAUCUCCAUGUUGCCACACAAGCCUGGACCUUCUUCCAUUCCCCAAAACUACUCUGUUAUGCACAGAUCACAUGGUUACAAGUUUGAAACAUUGGUCGACUUUGAUGGACGACCUAUUAGGAUCAUGGGACCAUUCCCUGGUGCAAUGAACCACUUUGAGAUCAUGAACAAGACCAAUCCAUAUGAAUUGCUUGGCAAGAAUGAAGUGUUCAUUGGAGAUAUUUGCAAAGGCGACACCAAGAUCAUCACACCAUUCAUCAAAAGGUUGGACGAAGCCUUAACACCAGUACAAGAAGCACAAAACAAGUUCAUACAUUAUCAGACCUCUGGAGCAAAUCGCUUCUUCCAAAGGCUGAAAGAGUUCAAGGCUGUCACAGACCUUUGGAGACUGGAUACCGACAAACAAACCAUGGCCUAUCACAUACUCUGCUAUGCCAUUGACUAUGAUCUGAGGCAUGGCGGAAGUAGCAAAAGUAGUAGCACGACCAACAAUAGUCCAAGUAAAUCCAAGUGA